CAUGUGAAUGGCAUUGAUAUAUCGAAGUCCAUGCUGUUUUUGUGUCAGUCGGUGGUUGUUGGUCGAAACGUAAAUUUGACACGCGCGGGAAAUGCGAUUUUCACCACGACACGUAACGUGUUUAUUUGUUGUUGAUGUGACUAACCGCAGUAAUUAAAAAAUAAUUUGGAAAAGUAACAAGACGACUUGUUCGAUAACAAAAAAAAUUAUAAUAAUAAAACCUUAUCAAAAGAAACAUUGUUUAAAAAGUGCAAUUAAUUAACUAAAUCAUUGGUAAUUACUUCACCGCGGCAAAAAGAUAACUGUGAAGAAAAUUAAAACAAAAGCAAAAGUGUGCAAAAAUUUACUGAGUGCUCAAUUGAAGUUAAAAUAUUCUGUUAAAAUGAUGACCACUUCGACUCCACAUCCCAUCAUGGCGCCCGUUAUGCGUCCCGUGCAGGAUAGCUCCGUCUCAAGGCCACGCGCCGUCUACAGCAUCGAUCAGAUCUUGGGUACACAAUCGAAGAGAAGCGAUUCCACAGAUUCGUUAAACAACCAUCAGCUGCAUGCUCUGCAUAACAACAAUAACAAUUUAAAUAGCCACCACAAUCUGAGUAAUAACUCUAGUAAUGGCAGCAAUGGUAGUAACAACAACAACAACAAUAACAACAUUAAUAUGAGCUCAUUGCAUCAUAAUCAUCAAUUGGCUCAACGCGACGAAUCGCCCACUAAUAUGGACAAUGGCCUCGAUGUUGACAAUGAUGAUGAUUUUUCGAAUAGCUUGAAUAACGGACAUGAUUUGGGUGAUAUGGAAAGACCGCGAAAAGUUCGAAGAUCACGCACAACAUUUACAACAUUUCAAUUGCAUCAAUUGGAGCGCGCCUUCGAGAAGACUCAAUACCCUGACGUUUUCACAAGGGAAGAUUUGGCGAUGCGUUUGGAUUUGAGUGAAGCACGUGUACAGGUUUGGUUUCAAAAUCGUCGUGCUAAGUGGCGCAAACGCGAGAAAUUUAUGAAUCAGGACAAAAACGGAUAUCUGCUGCCCGAUCAAGGCUUGCCCGAUUUUCCGCUUGGUAUUCCCCUUCCACAUGGCAUCCCCGGCCCCCCAGCCACAUUGCCACCUGAGUUUUGGCCACCACAUUUUGCCUUACAUCAGCACUUCAAUCCCGCUCUGUUGCCACCCAGCCUUAUGCCGCACUACAAAUUGCCCAAUUUCCAUACGCUGCUCUCACAAUACAUGGGUUUGAGUAAUUUGAAUGGCAUCUUCGCUGCUGGCUACCCGCAAAAUCUAUCCUUACACUCUGCCGCACAAGUUAGUCCGCCGUGCAGUAAUAGUCCGCGUGACAGUCCACCUACUCAACAACAAUCUGCAGCGGCGCUCGCGUGUCUGGUGCCCACAUCAAUGGUGGCGGGUGGUGGUGUGACGUUGACUUCAUCGGCCGCAGCCUCGCCCAAGAGUCCCAUGGCGCCGAGUGUGGCGAGCAGCGCUUCAACGCCUGUAUCGGUGGUGACCAAAACUGAGGAAUGA